GUCAGUUGAAUUUGCUCAGUCAAUCAUCUACAAAAUCAAAAUGCGUGUAUUCUUCAUCGUCGUUCUGCUCGCCCUGGUGGCUCUGGCUGCUGUCCAAGGACGUCGUCCUCCAGGACAGGGACCACCUCAGGAUGGACAACGCCCACCGCAGGGACCACCGCAGGGACCUCCUCAGGGACCUCCUCAGGGACCUCCCCAGGGACCCCCGCAAGGACCUCCUCAAGGCGGCAACUCAUCCUCCUCCGAGGACUCUUCCUCCCAGGAGAGCUCCAGCGAGUCCUCCAGCGAGGCCUCCAGCGAGGCAUCCGCCUAGAGACUCGAUCGCCGCGUCCUCCACAUAAAAACAUUCAAAACUCUUUGAAUAAAGAUAUAUAUUCCGCUUAUUUCAAAACAAA